ACUGUUCGAAUUAUUUGUUUGGAAUGCUCAAAUAAACUAAAUAAAUAAAUUUGUUUCCACAAAACAUUCAAAAUGAGAGCUAUUCCGAAGUGGAUUGAUAGAAUUAGUGAACAAACUCACAAUAACGAAGCGACUAGUAUUCAAUCACUCUGCUACAGUCCUAGUGGAAAUCAACUACUCGUAGCUACUGGUAACCGAGUUUUGGUCUAUGAACCGAUUGAGGGAAUUUUACUGGAUGCUUUGGGCGCCCACAAAGAUACCGUCUACUGUUUGGGCUAUGCUAAGGAUGGGAAGAAGUUUGCGUCAGGUGGAGCUGAUAAGUCGGUAAUCGUUUGGAUGAACACUAAAGAUGGUCUGUUAAAAUACACUCACAACGACUCUGUGUUAUGCUUGGCAUUCAAUCCAGUUUCUCACACACUAGCUUCUUGUUCGGCAAAUGAUCUUGCUUUUUGGUCAGCCGAUCAAAAAGCUAUUCAAAAACACAAACUCGGGAUUAAGAUCACUUGUUGCGCGUGGACGAAUGAUGGGCAAUACAUCGCACUGGGACUACAAAGUGGUAGCGUAUCGAUUCGAAAUAAAGCUGGCGAGGAAAGAGGGAGAGUUGAAAGACCAGCAUCAAGUCCCGUUUCAGGUGUUGCCUGGAAUCCGUCCAACAGUAACGAUUCUGCUGAUACACUUUGCGUUAUUGACUGGGGACAAACUAUUUCGUUCUUUUCUCUCGGCGGUCAAAUGAUUGGAAAAGAGCGUUCCCUUGGUUUCGAUCCAUUAACACUGGGUUAUUCACCAGAUGGUGAAUUUAUUACGGUUGCUGGUUGCAACAAAGCCAUUCAGCUAUUUACAAAAGAUGGAAUUCGUUUGGGAGUUUUGGGUGAAACACAUGAAAGCUGGAUUUGGUCAACAGCAAUAAGCCCUUCAGGUGGUUCAAUAGUUGUGGGAUGCCAGGAUGGCACAGUAGCCAGUUACAAUCUGGCUUUCAGCACUGUUCACGCAUUAUACCGGGAACGUUAUGCCUUCCGCGAGAAUAUGUGCGAUGUCAUAAUUCAGCAUUUGGUUUCCGGUCAAAAAGUUCGUAUCAAAUGUCGUGAUUUAGUUCAGAAGUUAGCAAUCUAUCGGAACAGAUUAGCCGUUCAGCUACCGGAACGCGUUGUUUUGUAUGAGUUGAAUUCUGGUGAGCAUCAGCCAAUGCACUACAAGGUCAAAGAAAAAAUUUCUAAAAAAUUUGACUGCAGCUUGUUAGUCGUUUGUGGGAUGAAUUUAGUUUUGUGUCAAGAGAAGAAACUACAAAGCUUAGAUUUUACUGGUACUUUGCAAAGAGAAUGGAUCAUGGACAGCUAUAUUCGAUACAUUAAAGUCACAGGUGGUCCACAAGGCAAAGAGGGAUUAUUGCUGGGCCUGAAAAAUGGUCAAGUCUGGCGAAUAUUUUUGGAUAAUCCGUUGCCCAUUUUGGUAACGACAGUACUAUCGUCCGUCAGAUGUUUAGAUAUAAAUUCAACUAGAACUAAACUGGCAGUUGUAGAUGACUCUGGUCGUUUAGUUGUGAGAGACCUAUUAACUGACACCAUGCUGUAUCAGGACUCGGGAGUAAAUUCGGUUGCGUGGAACACACAUUUACAAUCGAUGGUAUGCUAUUCUCAUACAACUGGUGGACUGAGCGUUAGAGUCGGCUCGUUGCCUCCAAGAAGUCCUCAAAACAUGACAGGUGUUGUGGUUGGCGUAUGCGGUUCAACAGCUUUCUGUUUACGAGGAAAUGCAAUGCACAAUAUACCAUUAGCUCUGGGGUCCACGAUGUGGCAGUUUGUAGAGUCUGGUUUGUUUGAAGAUGCGUACCAAGUAGCAUGUUUAGGUGUGCCAAUCAAUGAUUGGGAAGGUUUAGCUCAAUCAGCUGUUGAUGCAUUGCAAUUUCAAGUAGCUAAGGAUGCUUAUGUUAAAGUCCGAAAUUUGCCUUGGCUUGAAUUAAUAAGCGACCUGCGUGAACGACAGAAAAGAGGAGAUGUACCGAAGGAAGUACUUCAGGCCGACAGUUUAGCGUUUGCAGGAAAAUUCAAAGAAGCGGCUCGUUUAUAUCAAAAGAGUGGACAUAACAGCAAAGCAUUAGCAAUGUACAGCGAUUUACGAAUGUUUGAUCUGGCUCAGGAAUUCUUAAAGGAUGGGGAUGCAAAUGAUCGGAAAGAUUUAGUGAGACGGCGUGCAGAAUGGGCUUGCUCUGUUCAUGAGCCAAGAGCUGCUGCUGAACUCUUAUUGGCUGCUGGUGAAAAUGAACGAGCGAUCGAAAUUGUGGCGGAGCAGGGAUGGGCAGACGUACUCUACGAUAUUGGCCGACGAUUGAGUCAAAGCGAAAAAAACGCCUUAGAACUGGUAGCCGCGAAUUUACGAAGGCUAAAGGCUUUGCCAUUGGCUGCUGAAAUCUACCGGAAAUUGGGAGAAGAAUCUGAAGUGGUUCACCUGCACGUCGAAGCACGUGACUGGGCAGAAGCUUUCCGUUUAGCAGAACAUUUGCCACAAGUUCUGCCAUCUGUACAUUUACAACAUGCUCAAUGGCUGGCAGAUUCGGAUCAAUUUCUGGCAGCACAAGAAGCAUAUCUAUUGGCUGGUAAGCCUGACGAAGCCUCGAAACUCUUGAAGAAUUUGGCUGAAUGUGCGAUUUCUGAAGAACGGUUUUUGGAUGCCAGCUAUUAUACUUGGCUUAGAGCUAGGCAGUUUCUUCAGUUAAUGGAAAAUGAGGAUUCAAUGAACACAUCUAAAUCACCACUUGAAAAUUACACAUCAUUGCAUCGAUUAUCGACCAUUUAUUAUGCGUACAGUACUUUACAUAGUUAUCUUAAAGAGCCAUUUACAAGCAGUCCACCGUUAACCCUCUUCAACACGAGUCGAUAUGUAGCUAAUCAAAUUAAUAUUGACUCAGGAAUGCCACCGAAAGGGAUCAGCAUGUUUGCUGUCUUAUAUACGUUAUCCAAACAAGCCAAAGUUUUGUCGGCAAACAAACUCUAUUUACAAGUUAACAAUCGUCUGCAAUCACUGAAAGCACCACCGGGAAUUCAGGAACAAGUUGAUGUUAAUUUCAUAUCAAGUAAAUCAUGUCCUGGCGGUUUUAACGAUCCAGAAGAACUUUUACCACUUUGCUAUAAAUGCUCAAAUUAUAGCUCUCACUUACGGGGAAAUCGAUGCCCGUCGUGUCAGUCGGAUUACAUGUUUUCGUUUGUGUCGUUUGAAAUUCUGCCACUUGUCGAAUUUUAUCCAGAAUCGGAUAUAAACGACAGCGAGGUUGAACGUCUGCUAAUGGCACCACCUAAACCCAAUAUGGGCCAAUCAGAUCCAUUCGCCGAUACUAUGAUUCAUGAAGACAUUACCGAUACAUUAGCGUUGACGUUAGAUCGAGACGCUCUACGGGCUGUAGAUCCGAUAUCUGUGUUAAUCGUUAAAUGGCCAAAACCAUUGAAAACGAAAUAUUAUCGAAAUCUGUUGCCUGAACUGCAGAUCAGCAUUUGCUCUGAAUGCUUGCAGGCAUUCCAUUCGGAAGAUUUUGAAAUGCAAGUUCUACUGAAAGGACAUUGUCCAUUUUGCCGAACUCCUUCGGAGAACUUGUAUCAAAAUUAGUAGACGACUGAUGCAUGUGUCACGACAGCAACGACAUAAGACCUGAGAGGCUUGAUAUAGUUGUUUUAACUUUUAGAUCGAUAAAUGGCAAGCUCUGACUAAUCAGGAGUUACAGCAAAAAGCAUUUUAAAAAAUGAAGUAAAAGAUUUGCAAUCAAUCAAAUUAGGUCAUAGAUCCGAUAGUUAAACUACUGAUAUAUGCCGUCUGUGAAAAUUUAAAUAAAUCCGUCCAAAACCAGUGCAAUUCUUUUUUUUUAGAAUUAUGAGGUAACUCCUAAAAACAACUUAGUUUAGACACUUAGAACAAAUUUGUAGUAACAUGCAAUAAAGUUAUUAGCAAACUCAA